AUGGCUAUAAUUUCGAACUCUAACCGAACCGAAAUUGACGGGGACUUUAUAGCUAAUAUCUUUGAUUUCGUUGAACAGUUGGAUAGUCCAGUCUCAGCAGGUUCUCGUGGUCUGCAUGUCUUUCUGACGGGUAUCGACGAUGAGGAGCGGCAGAACCAGCGCGAACGUCUCUUCACGGUGGAUGAUGCAGCACUUAAACGAGUGGCUCAAACUUUGCGUGACCACCUGGUAUGUGCGAAGCGCGUGGGCCGUGCAGUCCUCGGACCUAAGAGUGCGGAAUUGGUGGAAAAGAAGAAGGACCAGGACAAAGAGUGGAGUGUGGUGGACCUUUCACAAGCUAAUUAG